AUGGUCCAUCAAUUGUCAUUGGUAUCAUCUAUACCUCAUUCCAACUACCUACAAACAUUAGCUACAUUACAAGCAUUAACUGGUUUAUUAUCACCACAACCAAUAUCAACAUAUACUCUAACAACAAAACCAAAUCAAACUUUUAAACCAAAAUUUGAACCAGGUAAAGUAAAUCAAAUAGAACAAUAUUAUAUGAAAUGUACAACCCAUUGGAGAGAUGAAUCAUUGGAUAUAAGUGAACCCAUCUUAUUAAAUGAUGAUACUGGGAAUCCAGUUUGGGCAAGAAGAUUAUUUAGUGACGACAAUCCAGAAGAACGAGUUUGGACAUUACAAAUUAGUGAUAUACCAAUUGCCGGGAAAACUCAGGGCUGUUGUCAACAAACCAUAUAUGAAAGUACUUUAAUACAUACCCAUACAAGAAUUGACCCUCCUCCUCCUCCACCUCCCAUUAAAACGGAAGAUCCAAUUCCUGUUAAUGAUGUGAUUCCAAUUGAUAUUGAUGAUGAUGAUGAUGAUGAUGAUGAUGAUAUUCCUUUAACUGAGCUUAAAAAGGAAGUAGUAGUGGAUAACAAGGAAGAAAUUAAACUUGAUGAUUUAGAUGAUCUAAUACAAAUAGACUCUCCCGAACAGGAAGAAGUACAAGAAGUAUCAAUUAAACAAGAAGAGUCUAAACCUGUAGGUGAUAAAGUCGACGAAAAAGUCGAGGAAGCUAACAACAACAACGACACUACUGCCGCCGAAGCCCUUGAACUUGAACAAAGAAGAUCAUCAUUUCUUUUAUUCUUACAGGAUUUAGGAUAUGAAGUUAUAAAUCAAUUUUGGAUAAAAGGGAUCCGAUUUUUCCAUGGAGAUAUUAUAAUUGAAAUAUUUAAAGUAUUAAUUAGAGAUGAUGCUCCUGAUGCUCAAACUGAUCCAGCCAAAAUCAAAUUGAAAUUAUUAGAUGAAUCAAAUAAUUUCCAAAUUAAAGUUUAUAUAAAUAUCCCCAAAUCAACUGAUGUUGAACAAAUUAAUCAUGGAAUUAAAGAUUUAAUUAAAUUACAAGAUUUCUUGAAGAAUUUAUUCGUAUUGGAAAUACCUGAUAGAAUGUACAUGGAUUCACGGGUAGUACUAGCCAGGAAGUAG